GUUGUUUACAACUCGGUCCGAUUAUAUAGUAGAAUAGUGGCUAACUUUAAACUCCAUGUUGAAUGUGAAGAAUUCCAUAUAAAACCGAAAUAUGAAAAUCACUCAUGCAGUUAGAAAUAAAGUAGCGCAUUUUUCUUUAUUUUUACUAUCUCCGUGAUUUCAACGAUUUCAAUCCUCGCAAAUGAUAUGUUGGUAAACAAAUGUCGCCAUAUUGAUUUUGAUUUUGGGUAGCCUAUAUUCAUUUGAUGUCUAACCCCUGGAUUUCAAAACAUAAACCAAAACAAACAGCUACGAAAAGAGGUGCUGAAGUUAUCAGGCUACUUAAGCAUUUCUAGCUUGUAUUAUUAAUCUUCUGCAUGAAAAUGGUAGUGUUUAAUCUCUCGACAUUUCCCGAGGUGUGUCGGCUCUGUUUGCAAUCGAAGCAUCCAGAUGAGCUCGUUCCUGUGGAUAUACAGCGGCCGCCAAGUGACAGAAAGCUGAGCGAUUUACUAGAGGAACUUACCUUCGAGAUUCCAGUGUUUUUAUGUUUCAGAAUGUAUCACAUUAUUUUCCAGCAGAGGUCUGCUGCAUGUGUCUAGAAGUGUUUGACUUUUUCUACAAAUACAAACAGAAGAUCAAAAACAUCCAUCGCUUCCUGGUGGCAUUUGUUGAAGUGAAACUGGGGAAUAAACGCCCCCUAAUAGAGCUAUUCGAUGAGCAUAAUGAUUAUUUUUCUAUUCUAUUCAAAGACUUGGAUCUAUGUAACGCAGAUGAAUUGCACGUAGAAGAUAUGCUGGAAGAGUAUCAACAUUAUAAAAUCUCUUCGAUGCCCGAUCUCGUUAAACAGGAAACGGUUGUGGUGCAAUCGGAGCCGGAAGCACAAGAUGAUUAUGAGGCUGAGUUUCUGGAGGAAAAAGAUAAGUGUAGUAGUUUAUUCUCAGUAGAAACUCUGAUUGAAGAUUUGAGUGGAACAAAGAAUGACACUGGAAAAGUCGUUGAAAUAAAAGCUGAGCCUGUCUCAUUGAUUCCGGUCUCAUUGAAGGAAUCCCAGGCGGGUGUUGAAGAAGUACCGUAUGAGUCGGAUCAUUUGGAAGAUUUCACAGACGCCUUUUCCGGUGAUAGCAAUGAUGACGAAAGGCACAGUUUAGAGGUUCAAAAAGAGCAGAAUCGGUUAUUGGGAGAACAAGUACCUGUUAGCAAAACAUCUCAUAACUGCAGCAAGUGUAAAUUCAGAACCAAUUUCGAGGAAGCAUUCAAAGCACACCAAAGACGUCAUCAGAGAUAUGAUCAUUUGGAAGGCAAACACUGCAUUCAUCCAUCUUGUUUGAAAGUCUUUCCCGACGAGGACACGUUUCAGAAGCAUCUUAAAACGGGUAUUCAUAAGGAACAUAUUUGUGAUAUAUGCGGUGUAUCUUUGAAGCACAAGUACUCGUUGGAAGUGCACUUGGCGAGACACUCUGGCGUAACACAAUUCGAUUGCCAGUACUGUUCGUCUUCGUUUUACACGAAAACCGAACUAAGGAACCAUGUCCGGUACAUUCACACAACCGGCGAAAAGUGUGAAUGUUCAACGUGUGGAGCAGUAUUCAAGAACAAUAAACUGCUCAAGCAGCAUCUUGAAUCGCAUGUGCAAGAAAGGAAUUUCAAAUGCUCAGCGUGUGAUUUCGCCUUUAAAACUCAGCAACAUCUGAAGCGCCACGUUGCCACCGUUCACCAGGAGGUGAGAUUCCAUUGCCAACACUGUGAAAUAACAUAUGGUAGAAAAGAUAAGCUAAGGAUGCAUAUGGAACGAGCGCAUAAUAUUCAAUCAUACUUCAAUUGUGACAUUUGCCUUCGGUCUUUCGAUAGUGCAGCAGCCCUCGAGGAACACAAGGGACAUCACGCAAACCCGAAACGGCACGAAUGCGCGAUAUGUCUGAUUGCAUUCGAGAAUGAAGCAGCUUUCGAAGAGCACAUGUGUAUUACUUAUCGAGAAGAUUACAUUUGCUGUGAGAGAGACUUUAAAUUCCAUGUUCACUACAAUCGACAUAUGCUGAUGAGCCAUGGAAUUAAAUCGAACGCCCGGGUCAAACCAAAGAGUGGGCUUCUAGUGGGACAACAGCGCGCGGGUCGGAGACAUAUCAUACGGUGCCGGGUUUGCAAGGUGACAUUUGGUUCCAUGGCCGAAAAAAAACAACACAUUGCAUCGUGCGGCAAAACGAUUGAUGUGCUGCUUCCGAACCUAGCGAAAGUGGAGCCAAUGCAGCUCGGGGAAAAUGUUGUGGAGGAACAUUUGGAGGAGGGGCAGGAUUGUGAAGAUAUGGAUAUGGGUGGUGAGGAAGUUGAGUAUGUGAUAAGUGAAGAAGUAGAGGAAGAAAUUUAUUUAAAUUGUUAAGCUGCUAUCAAUAAAAAAAUGUACGAAAAAUGGAAAAAAAUAUAUA